CCGCCAUCUCUUCGCACCGCGCACGUCUCGCACCGCCGCUGCGCUCAGCGCCUCGCACCUCUUGCCCCCUCGCUGUCGCCGCCUGGCGUGUGCCUCGCACCAAUGUCGUCGCCCGCCGCCUCGUCGCCCGCGCCGUCGGCCAAGCUGCCGCACGAGGUGCGCGCGCGGCCCUGGUACCGCCGCCGCCGCUGGGUCGUCCUCAUGGCCGCGCUGGCGCUGGCCUGCCUCCUCGCACUCGUGCUGCCCCUCGCCCUCAUCCUGCCCAACCGCGGCGACGGCGCGCCGCAGGCAAACGGCCCGCGCGUCCGGCUGGGCAGCAACAACGCCACGUAUGUGGCGAGCAACGCGUAUGGCUUCGACGAGUGGAAGGGUAUCCGCUAUGCCGCACCACCCGUGGGCAAUCUGCGCUUCGCAGCGCCGCAGCCGCCGCCCAGCCCGCCGACUGUGGCGACGUCGGGCACCACGACCUCGUCGAAGCACAUGCGCAACAACCGGCGUUCGCUCAGCGCGCCGAUGCUGCGCCGCGCCGAUGUUGUGGCAGCGUCGGACCAGGAGCUGCUGCUCAAGGCCGUGUACGCCGGCAGUCCGUGCCCGCAGCCCGGACAGGGCAAGAACGACGCCGAGGACUGCCUCUUCCUCUCCAUCAUCCGCCCCGAAGGCGAGCCAACGACGCCGCUGCCCGUCCUGCUCUUCGUCCACGGCGGCGGCUUCCAGGCCGGCUCGGGCUCGCAGUACAUUGCCGGCAUGCGCGGCUUCCUGAAUGCCGGCAUCCAGGCCGGUGCGCCGCCGGCUAUGGUGGUUGUCAUCAACUACCGCCUGGGCGCCUUUGGCUUCAUGGGCGGCUCCAUGAUGGAGAGCCUUGCCAACCGCACGCAGCCUGAUGCCGUGCUGAAUGCCGGCACGCGCGACAUCAAGGCGGCGACGGAGUGGGUGCGCGACAACAUCGCGGACUUUGGCGGUGACACGUCGAGGAUCACGCUCUGGGGUCAGAGCGCCGGCGCGUUCAGCACGGGCGCGCAGAUCCUGGGUCAGGCGGCGACUGGGCGGAACGCCUCGGACACGUCCAACUCGCCCUUCUCUGCCGCCAUCCUGCAGUCCGGCAACCCCGGCGGUGUCCCCUGCCCGCCGCAGCGCUUCAAGGACCCGCAGUUUGAGCGCAUCCUGAGCGCUGCCAAGUGCCCCAACAGCUCGCCCGAUGCUGCCGUUGCGUGUCUGCGCGCGCUGCCGUGGACGGAGCUGCGGCACAUCUCCAUUGCCGAGUCGGACCGCGCACUGCAGCCCGAGUCGUACAUUCUCGGCUCGUACCCGUGGACUGCCGGCCUCGAUGGCGGCCCCGAGAACGGCGGCUUCUUCGCCGAUGAGCCGAGUGCCGUGCUGCAGGCCGGCGACUUUGCUCGCGUGCCGCUGCUGCUGGGCGACGUGGAGGAUGAGGGCACGCAGUUUGCACCGCACAACUUCGAGGAUACGGCGGCGCUUGAGCGCUGGAUCCGCACGAUCUACUUUGCGGAGCCCGAGGCCGGCUCGUCCAAGCUCGUCAUGGCCUCGCUGCUGGCGAGCUACCCGGACGACCCGAAGCUGGGCUCGCCGUACAACCUCAACGCCUCUGAUCAAGACGACCGCUUUUUCGGCACGACCAACCAGUACCGCCGCGCCGCGUCGAUCUACGGCGACAUUCGCUUCCAGUCCAACCGGCGCUUCUUUGCGCAGAUGGCGGCCGACCGCAACGUGCCCGUGCGCAGCUUCGUGUAUGCGCAGCGCCCGCCGAACGAGCAGCUGGCGCUCGGCGUGCCGCACGGCGCGGACCUCGAUGCGCUCAUGUCGCAGCGCUCGCCGCUGGGCAGCAUCAUGGCCAAGCAGUGGAUGACGUUCGCUGCGACGCGCAACCCAAAUACCGAUGGCGUGCCGCGCUGGCCGCUGUACGGCAACGGCAACGGCACGAUUCUGCGCUACGAGAACGACACUGGCAGCAGCGUGCCCGACACGUUCCGCUAUGCCGCCAUGAAUGCGCUCAACUCGCAGGCCGUGCACAUCGCUACCAGCCGCUGAGCUCCGCCCCGCACACAUUCUAUAGACUUGCUGCCCCUUCUUCCGCUCUAGAUCUGCCCUUGUCCCAUCCCAUCAUGUCACGCGGCCCGUCACGUAUCAUCAACUUAUAGCUACAGUAUCGUCCAU